AUGAAAGCUAAAAAAGAACAUGACAGCGACGAAGAGCACGACGAAACUCAGGAUGAGAUCAUGCCUUCCUCAUCUCAAGUGGCUGAUGGACCAAUCUCUCCUCCAAGCCAGGAUGCCCCAAAAACAAAUAGGAGGAAACAAAUGGAGCGGGAGGUUCUAAACUAUAACUAUAUGGACGAUCCUGAAGAGGGUGUCUUCUUCGAAGAGCAAUCCCAAGAGAUAUUGUGACCAUAUUGAGACACCAAGGAAGACUCUAUAGUUGAGUACAAGAACAAUAUCCUUGGCUAUCUGGUCUGUCUAAUCCUAUUAUUUGCAUUGGGAUGGAUCUCCUUUAUGGUUCUUCCGCUGAUUCUCUCACUGACCAAAAGUGCUGUCCAUAGAUGCCCUAAAUGAUUUAACGAGGUAAAGGACAACUCCUUGCUCGGGUUCAGCUCGAUGGAAGAUAAGGUCAUAUCAUUUACUAUCGGCAACUUCGCAAUCGCGGUCUCAAGGAAAUACUUAUUAUAUAUUUCCUUAUCAGUCCUAUGCGGAAUAGUUCUGUAUGUCCUGAUGACUUCUGGGUCUGGCUUCCAAGAACAACGGCCUCUAACUAAUAUAAGAUGGCAGGAAUUUAGAGAUGACUGAGGGUUCGUUUCCUACAGCGAACAACCCAGGAAAUCAAUUAGAGUUUUCGAUAGAAAAUACUUAGGAAAAGGAGUUACUUGGGAUGGAUAUAUCGUACAAGUCAACGCUCUUAGCGAAGACAGCCUUGCUCAUUUCUAUCAUGCUUCUAGUAUUUUAGUAAAAAUGGUCCCUGAUGAUAAGAAAGAAGACGAUGCUAGCUUGGUCCUGACUCUUUCUGAAAAUAUGACAGAGGACUAUAAAGAUGAACUACUCAGCCUAAACGUUGGAGAUCAUAUUAGGUUUAAUGCUACUAUUGUAAGUCAAGGUGACCAGUCCCAUCUUCACCAUCUGCAUUCAUUUGGAUUUAAGAAAGUAGAAGGGUCGGCUCAUGUCAAUCUGAAUGCUUUCAGAAAUGGAAGAUAUAAGAUUCGUCAAGAAGGAGAUCAUCCAGUAGUGGAGGAAUAA